CCAAAACUGACACUUACCCCUGACGUCAAAAUAAAAUUUUAGGUACAGAUCUGCCUCUUUCUACCGCAUACCACGAAGCAAAUCUGUAUCGGAAGAACGCAAAGCUUUGGCCUUAACUUUGACACACUUUCUGCCACCUUUGUUAAUCCUAGUGUUGGGUCUAAGCACCUCGUUUGUGGUUUUUGUGGUCGAAUGGGUGCAGUUCUGGGAGGAUUUUGGGCGCGUUUAGCCGAAUUUCCCAUCAAACGCAAACCGAUUUGUUUCCACUUGCAAAAAAAUUUCACUAGCACGGGCGAGGAAAUAAUUGACGAAAGUGAAGCCCAGACGGAUGCUUAUGAUGAGUUGCAAAAUGCGUUUAUUAAAAAAUUGGAGGAAACAAGGCGGAAAAAUGAGAAUUGGUUGAGGGAAACUUUCCCGUAUUGGGACCAACUUGUGGUUGACAAUCUCAACAAUACGUUCAUUCUUUUGGUUUCCGAUUCGAGAAACGGAAUGAUGGAUUUUCAGCACUUUUGUUGGUUUUUGGACAGUCUUGGUGACGCAACUUCGAGCGAUUUGCGUGAACAGAAAUUCGCAAAAUAUGAUAGCAAUGAGGAUGGGUUUGUCAAUUUCGAUGAGUUUUUACUCCUAGUUUACAACUACAAUCCAGCUGACGAAAUGGACGGUUUGCGAGGAAUUGCAAAAAUUUGCUAUGAAAUGUCGGAACAAAUCUCGCAUGUCAAUCAUUUGACUGUGGGCGAACAGCUUCAGUACGGUUUAUUUUAGUGAAGUGUUAGUUUGUGUUAGCUUGAAUUUGAAAAAAUGGAAAAAAUAAAAAUUCAACUUUUUUUUUUAAAUUUUUUAUUCACUUUCGUGUCACAAAACCCUGCUUUUGCUCUGGUUGAUAUAUAUUUCUACGAGGAAGAAAAUGCAGAGAAAGAAAAAGACAAAAAAAAGACGAGAAGAGUCGAAAAAGAAUGAACAGUUUCAAUACGUUUUACUUUUGGAAAUUAAAAGAGCUUAUGUUUGCUUCAAAAAUAAAGAUUUACAUCUUUUUUUGAAUUUUUUAUUCACUUUUGUGUCUAAAACCUGAGCUUACAUUGAUCCCUGAGAAUAUAAAUCGCACUAUUAGGUAGCUUUCCGUAAAACUUUGACGAAGAACGGAAGGGAAAAAAAGGGAACAAAAGAGGAGGAAUACAAAAAAAAGAAGAGAAUUGAAAGAAAUUAGAAAGAGACGAGGAAAAGAAGAAGGAGAGAAAAGGAUGAGAAUCCUUUGUAAUAACUUUUUGUAAUAACCCUAUGUAAUAAUUCUACGACUUACGGAAAAAAAGAAAAGAAGGGAAGAAAAGGGAUUAAAAGAGUAAGAGAUUUGAAAGACCCAAGAAGAAAAAGAAAAAGAAAAGUAGAGGAAGAGAAUAGGAAGGAAGAGAAAGAUAGAAGAGGAAUAAAAUGAAGAAAAAAGAAAAGAAGAAGUGGAGAAAGAGAAGAAAACGAGAAAUGAUAAGUAAAGAAGAAAAUUAAAUUUAUAUUCAUUUUCGAAUCGCAAAACCUUGAGUUCAGAUUAUUAAUAAUAUUUUGAUUGAGAUGAAAAAAAUCAGAGAAAGAGGAGAAAGACGAAAAGAGACAGAAAUGGGAAGAACAUCUUCAAUACGGUUUAUUUUUAGAAAUUAAAAGAGCCUGUGUUGGCUUGCAUUAAAAAAAACAAAAAUUUACAUUUACACUUACAUUCUUCUUUUGAAUUUUUUAUUCACUUUUCACGUAAAACCAGAGAUUGUAUUGAUCCGUGAGAAUAUAAAUCUCACUAUUAACUCUCCGUUAUAGUUCGACUAUGAAGGAAUGGAAAGAAAAGGUAAUAGAAGAGGAAGAGAUAAGGAAAAGAAAAGAAGAAUAGAAGAAAACAAGAGAAGUGAAAGAGAUUAAGAAGAGAGCAGGAAAAGAAAAAGAAAAGAAGAGGAAGUCAAAGGGAAGAGAAGAGAAAAGAAGAGAAGAUUUAUUGUUAUGAAAUCAAAGGGAGAGUGUUAAUUUGUGUUUCAAAAAAUCGAAAAAAUAAAAGUAUGCAUCUUUUUUUGAAUUUUUUGUUCAUUUUUAAGUCGUUAAACCCUUAUUUUGCACUGAUCAGUGAGAAUAUAAUAAAUUGCACAAUUAACCCUUCGUAAUACUUCAACGAGUUACGGAAAAGAAAAGAAAGGAAGAAAAGAAAAGAGAUCAGAAGUGGAAAAGAUUUGGAAGAGACGAAAAAAAAGAAAAAGAAAAUGAAGAAGAAAAUGGGGAAAGCAGAGAAAGAGAAAAGGUAAAAAAAGGAAGAAAAGAUAAAAAGAGGGAGUGAAGAAAGAGAAGAAGGGAAUUAAUUUAUAUUCAUUUUCAAAGCCCUAAACCUUGAGUUUAGAUUAGUAAUAAUAUUUUGACUAGAAGAAAAUAGCCAGAGGAAGAGAAGAGAGACGAAAAAGAGAAAAAAAAGUUUCAAUAUAACUUUUUUAUGAAACAAAAAUAAGAAGAGGGAGAGGAGAAAAAGAAAUAAGGAGUGGAAAAGAGAAAGAGAAGAACAUUAAUAAAAAGUUAGCUCUAGUUUUAAAAAAGAAAAAUAUAUGAAUUUUUAUUUACUUUUAAUUCGUAAAAUCCUGAUUUUUUGCACUGAUACUCUCCUUAGUACUUUUAUGAGUAAAGGAAAAGAAAAGAAGGGAAGAAAAGGGAUCAGAAGAGGGAAAGAAGAGGAAGAAAAGAGAAAAAUAACGGGAGGAGAAAAAGAAGAAGGGCAGUUAAAAAGAAAGAAGGUAAUUAAUCUAUAUUCAUUUUCGACUCGCAAAUCCUCUAGAAGAAGAGAAGAUACAAGAGAAGAAUAAAGAAGAAAAAAGAGAGCAGAACAGAAGAGAGACGAAAAGAGAACAGAAGAACAAAUUCUACGGUUUAUUUUUGUGAAAUAAAAGAGCUUUGAUAGCUUGAGUUUGAAAAAUUCAAUAAAAUAAAAAUAAGAAACAUUUUCUUUCGACUUUUUAUUCACUUUUGAGUCGUAAAACCCUGAGUUUGCACACGCAAUCUUUCGUAAUACUUCGACGAGAAAGGGGGGAAAAAGUAGGUAAGAAAAGGGAAUAAAGAGGAAGAAGAAGAAGAGAAAAGAACUAAAAACAGGAAUAGAAGAAGAAGAGAAGAGAAUAAUUUUAAGAUGUGAAACUGAAAAAAAGUGGUUUUUAAAGCUCAAAAUCAAGCGCUGGACACAAAAUAAAACAACCAAACACUUUCUUUUCAAUUUUUAU